AUGUCGCUCAUAGCUCCGUACGCAAAAGAACACCAAGAUACCAAUGGCCCCGGAGACGCCCGUCCUACCGCCCUUGGGAUUGUACGAGAUCAAUCCUUGGAUGGCCAGCUUAGGGGAAAGGUUAUCCUCGUGACUGGAGGCACCUCUGGCAUCGGCUUCGAAACAGUGCGUGCGCUGCAUGCCACUGGUGCUGAUGUGUACUUCACCGGGCGUGACGCUGAAAAGGGCAAAAAGGCUGAAGCAGAGCUCCGCUGUGACAACAAGCCGGGAAAACUCGAGUAUAUGGAAAUGAGCUUGGACUCUCUCAAGAAUAUACGAGAGUUUGCUGCCGACUUCUUGGGCCGGACAUUGGGCAGGCUUAAUAUUCUAGUCUGCAACGCUGGUAUUCGUGGAUAUCCAAAAGGAACAACUGAAGAUGGCUUUGAGCUGCAUUUUGGAACCAACCACCUCGGGCAUUUUGCUCUUUUCCAAGCCCUCAAAGAUGCUUUACUCGCAUCGAGCACGCCAUCUUUCCACUCUCGAGUCGUCUGCCUCUCAGCGUCGGGCCACCGCCAAUCGGGCAUCCGUUUCGACGAUAUCAACUUUGACCGCCAAGAUGAGUACCAGCCGCUACUCGCAUACGCGCAAUCCAAAACAGCAAACAUUUACAUGUCAUUCGAGAUGGAAAAGCGCUACGGCGCCAGCGGCCUGCACGGCUUGGCGGUCCAUCCGGGAGGCAUCAGCGGCACGAGGCUCAACAGAAUGACGCCCGAGUCGGAGCUCAAUGCCCUGACUGGGGAUCCGCUUGUCGCGCAAAGGAUGAAGAGUGCUGAGCAGGGCGCUGCCACGACGGUGUGGGCGGCGAUAUCGCGCGAGUGGGAAGGCAAGGGCGGUGUGUUUCUGGAGGAUUGCCAGGAGAGCGAGCUGUGGAGGGGAGAUGCGACGGUUCUUGCGCCGGGACAUGCGGCGCAUAUUCACGAUGGGGAGAGUGCGGCGCGUCUUUGGGAUGUAAGCUUGGGGAUGAUUGGGUUGAAUGAAUAG